AUGUCAGCCGGAGGUUUACAGAAGUCUUCUAAAUACGAACAUCACCUCAAGAGUGAGGCCUCGAAGAUAAAACUGUUGAGCGAUGGCUUCAAAGCCCAGAAGACAACCGCCAGUAAUCAAGAGUUGAGACGAUUGCAGUCUAACGACACUUCCAUCGAAGAGCGCAGUUCUGUGUCGGCUCUCAAGUCUAAGUUAGAGGGGAAUGGAUUCACGGCCUCAAAGAUGGCGGCCAUACGUCAGGACCAGAAACAGAUGCAAUUCGGAGACACUUUGCACUCACAUCAGAGCUCAGCCAAAGCCUCUUCUCUUAACUUUUGUACCGACGAUUCGGUCACUCAUAAGAAGACAUUUGAGAGUCAAAAAGAAGAGCGAAUGGUUUCGCACGGAUUGAUCCAAAAGGAAAAGAACUCCCAUUUGUCCCAUUCGUCCCGAUUUAUGUCCAAUAAGGCGUCCAAUAGUUUACAGUAUGUAAACCACAACGAAAUCGAUUCCUCGACAGCACAGCCUAUAAUACAAGAACCGUUUUCGCCGACAAUCUUAUCGUUGACUAAUGAGGUGGACAUGGAGUUUGACUUCUUAAGCAAUUUCACGACCGCCGCGAAUCUGGGCUUCAAUAGCAGCAGUAAUAAUAAUAUCAAUUACGAGAAUAAUGCGGAAUCACGUAAUAUGAAGGGAUCGAUGGAUAAGUUGGAGAGAAAAAUGUUGAAUUUAGUCGAAAAGUUAAAUUCAUCGACAGAUUCGGUCGAAAUUUUGACAGUUAUGACAGAUAUGUUGCGAAAAGCCUGGUCUGUGCCGCAGUGUGGCUAUGACUUGGGAUUCAAUAUGUCGAAGAUUAUCAGGAAUGGCGGCGCUCUUGAAGUGCUCAUUAAGAAUUGCGGACCAGAUAUUGAUUGGGAGAUCCAAUUCCUAAGCGCACAGCUCUUAGAACAGUGUCUCACUUCUGAAAACAGAGAUUUUGUGGCCGAAAAGGGAUUAUCAGAUGUGGUGAACAUCGCCUGUAAGUGUGUUUCCAUGAAUUCUGUGGACGAGGCACAGGUCGGGACCGGACUUCUGGAGCAUCUGUUUAAGCACUCGGAAGAUGUCUGCAAAGAAGUGAUUGGUUUGGGAGGACUCGAGAGUAUUCUCUAUGAGUGCAGGGGUACAGACAUUAUCACAUUAAGACAUUGUGCGUCAGCGUUGGCCAAUCUGUCACUUUAUGGCGGACCCGACAGCCAGAUAUCAAUGAUCCAAUCGAAAGCUCCCGUUUGGUUGUUUCCAUUAGCCUUUCAUAACGACGACAAUAUUAAAUACUACGCCUGUCUGGCGAUCGCUGUAUUGGUGGCCAACAAAGAAGUGGAGGCAGCGGUUCUCAAGUCGGGAACACUUGAUUUAGUGGAGCCCUUCAUAUCGAGUCACAAUCCAAAAGAUUUUGCCAGAAGUUGUACGUCUCAUAUUCACGGCCAGUCCAAGAACUGGCUCAAGAGGUUAGUGCCGGUCCUCAACAGCAACCGCGAAGAGGCCAGAAGUUUAGCCGCCUUUCACUUCGCAAUGGAGGCAUGGAUUAAGAAAACUCAGGACAAGACGUCGGUAUUCCGCGAGAUUGGAUGCAUUGAUGCGCUGAAGACAGUCGCCGGUUCUCCGAAUGCCAUCGCUUCCAAAUACGCGGCCCAAGCGUUGGGUCUAAUCGGCGAAGAGAUUCCACACAAACUCACACAACAGGUUCCGCUUUGGAGUCCUGAAGACGUGAAAGAAUGGGUCAAACAAAUAGGGUUUUGUCAAUUCGUGGGCGAAUUCACGGGCAGUCGCGUCGACGGCGACCUCUUAUUACAGUUAACCGAAGAUAUGCUGAGAGAAGACAUAGGAAUCAAAAACGGAAUUCUUAGGAAACGAUUUUUACGAGAAUUGGAAAAACUUAAAAGGAUUUGUGAUUACUCUUCAUGUGAUGCGACAAAUCUGAAUGAUAUCCUCAACACAUUGGGUCCCGAAUUCUCCAAAUAUACGUAUUCUAUGAUUCAGAGCGGAGUCGACCACAACUCACUUCGCUUAUUGAAAGUACAUUUACAACUGCGAGGAUUCACUGUAUUCAUUGAUGUCGAGAGACUCGAAGCCGGAAAGUUUGACAACAAUUUGUUGAGUUCUAUACGACAAGCGAAGUAUUUUCUAUUAGUCUUAACGCCAAACGCAUUGGACAGAUGUCUGGAUGAUGUCGAGUGCAAGGAUUGGGUCCAUAGAGAAGUGGUUGAGGCCCUCCAGAGUAAGUGUAAUAUAAUUCCAAUUUUGGACACUUUUCAAUGGCCAGAAAGCGAAGCGCUUCCCGAAGACAUGCGCGCCAUUUGUUAUUUCAAUGGAGUCAGAUGGAUCCAUGACUAUCAGGACGCGUGUGUCGACAAAUUGGAGCGAAAGUACUCUCCUCUCUAA